AUGAGGCAACGUCGUGCUGCUGCUCCAAGCAAAGAUAGUAUUGCCCAAAAUCUCAUGAUGUACUAUAUGGAUGACACUCCUGGAAUUAAGGUUGGUCCUAUGACCGUAUUAGUAAUGACAUUAGUGUACAUGUCUAUUGUAGUAAUGUUACAUAUCUUGGGCAAAUUUAAAGAAACUAUUACUGGUUAA